ACCAGUUUCACGCAGUUCACGCCAGUUUACGCUGCUUGCGAAAAUUGGAGCACACUUGGCAACACUUGGCGCACCGCGCAUUUGGCUCGGCGUCGUCCGAUAUAUCCGAUAGGUUAUAAAUGCAGCCAUGAGCGGUGCCUUCCUGAUCGUUUUCGCGAUUAUGGGAUGAUAAUUUGCACCUUCCCAUGUUCUCGAGAAUCGCCGUGGUUGCGUCACCAUGAUCUCUGCAGCCCCAUUUGUUUCGCUGUUUCUCUUGCUGAACGCCUGGGCGACUCCCGUGCCAGAAGUUCCAAAACUACUCAUCGUCUCCUACGAUGCGUUCAGAUAUGAUUACUUCGAGAGAAAGCUGACACCGUUCAUGAGCCAGCUAAAGGCGCAGGGUACUUCCACUGAUUACAUGAUAAACAUUUUUGUCACUAAGACCUUUCCAAAUCAUCACACGAUGGCAACGGGAUUUUAUGCAGAAACACAUGGGGUUGUAGAUAAUGAAUUUUUUGAUUCUAGCAAAAAUAAUACUACUAAGUAUUCAUACGAGUUAUAUCAUUACAACAACAAUAUCUUACCUAUUUGGACUGUUAACGAAAAAAGUGGCAGACAUAGUGGCACAAUGAUGUGGCCGGGCUCUGUGUUCGAAUAUCAAGGAACAUUACCUACUUUCGCACAAGCUUUUAAUGAUACAAUUCCAUGGGAGAAGCGGAUUGAUGAAUUAUUAUCGUGGUUUGUACAUCCUACAAAUCCAAUAAACUUAGGGAUAUUGUAUAUCGAGGACCCAGAUUAUCAUGGUCACGCCAUAGGAAUAAACAGUCCUGAAUUUAAUGAAAUUCUCCAAAAAUUGGAUAAUAUUACCAAAUAUAUGCACAAUAAAAUUGAUCAUUACGGCUUGGCAGAUGCCCUUAAUGUGAUUCACUUAAGCGAUCAUGGUAUGGCAUCGGUUACGAUGGAAAGAAUAAUAAAUUUGACUAAAGAAGAGAUUAUUUAUCAGAAUUUGAAGUUUGCCGCAGAUCAAACGAAAACAUUCAAAAUAUAUAGAAGAGAAGAUAUCCCGAAAAAGUAUCAUUAUGGCAAUAAUACUCGUGUGGGACCCAUUUUUGUCAUAGCUGAAGUUGGAUACGCAUUUCAAAACCUUUAUGAUGCUAUAGAAUUUUAUAAACAAAAAUUUAAUAUCACAGUGGACAAUCGGACAGAAUUUGGGCUGCAUGGUUAUAAUAAUGAAGCUAAAGAAAUGCAUCCAUUCUUCUUUGCGAAUGGACCUGCUUUUAUGCCAAGAUGUAAAUUAGAGCCGUUUAACAAUACGGAUCUAUUUCCCUUGUUUUGUAAAAUACUCAAUUUGAAUUGCCCCAUAGUUAAUGGUACUUUAUCUCACAUAACAAAGUGCCUUAGGACACAAUCGAAAGAUGUAUCAAUAUCUACAUAUAAAAUGUUCAUUGCAGUUAUCAUAACCACUACAUUAAUAGGAAUCUCAGUAGUGGCGACAAUAAUUUAUAGGAAAAAACGAAGAUUAGUAUAUAAUUAUAGGGAUUCAUAUUAUACGCUGGGCGAAUAAGACAUUACAAUUGAUUAUAUUACAAUUGAUUAAUAAACAUGAUAUUAUUUACA